UCGGUGCCUGAGCUGCCGUGCACAGCAAGCACAGAAAGAACGAAAGCGGGAGAGCCGAGCAGGAGAGCAGAGGGUCGAACAGAGCCAAGGCAGGAUAAAUAAUGGCGUGCUGCUUGAUCUGCGUGAAGGAUGACCCCGUGCCGGGCUCGAAGCUGGACGCCUUCUACGGAAACCCCAACCAGUUCCAGAUCGGAAUGAUGGAGGCACCGUGCAAGAACUGCCCCUGGUUUUGUUUCGGGUGCCUGUGCACGUGCUGCGCGCAGUUCAUCGUCAGGAAGAGGGCCCUCGACGGAAACCUCGAGAACUACUUAUGCUGUCAGGGCUACUAUCCAAUGUGCUGCAUGAGCGCGGGCGACUGCGGAGAAAGAAGCUGCCCGUGUUUCUGUCUUUGUUUGGAGUCGUUCUGUUGCAAUAGCUGUGCUGUCAGCUCCAGCAGGAUGUACCUAAUGGACAAGUUCUCAGUAAUGCCGGACCCGUGGGAUAACAGAAUCAUCCGCUUCAACAAUUUCCUGCAGCUUCUGUCAUGCAUCUGCAACAUCGCCGCCAUCUGCAUCGAGGAGAUCCGCGAGCUGGCUAGGAUCAUCGACCUCAUCGCCGACAUCGUAUACAUGACAACCGUCGGCUGCAUGACGGGCCAAAUGAUAUACGAGAUGGAGUACCAAGCUUCGGUUGCCCCCAAGGCCGAGGCUAUCACUGGCCGGUAAACUUGGUAUGGUAACUAGCCUUCGUGCAAUCAACAGGACUGUUGCUGCCAUACAUGGCGGCGUCUUGAGGGCGAUUGACUCCCAGGCCGACCGCUGUUUGUGUGGCACGCUCGCUGGAGGCACUUGUUGAGCCUCGCUGGUUGUGGGACGGGGAGAGCGGAGCCUCGUGUGGCGCCGCUGACGUUGCAACGAGCGUCCGGCAAGCCCGCUUGUUUGGUCGACAGCAGGAACACAACAGUCUCCCUGCUGCUGCUGCUGCUGCUGCUGCUGCUGCCAGCUUUUUUUUUUUGCCGUAAGAACGCAUGAGGCGGAAUCGUUAUUGUUCCGUCGACUUUGGGAGGUAGCUAAGGAUCCCGCCUGUCCUGCCUUGAUUGUUGCAGGGGGCGGUGCUGAGAAUGCAAGCGACGAAAGCUGGGCGGGGGGGGGAAUAGCGCAGUUUUCCUGUGUAGCCAAGAAGGCAGGCGGUGCCUUCAGUACGUGGGAGCGUGGUAGGUUUCCCAGAAGAUCAAAUGCGCCCAGUGGUUCAUUUCCACACACCCCGGAAUUUUGGCGGCAGCUCGGUCCGGGUUCGCUGCCGGGAGGGGGCUAUUUUGGUGAAGGCACGCCGCCAAAGCUGCAUGUCGAACCCUUGCAAUGAAAGGGGGGAUUACUGUAGUAUUCCAAUUGCGAGCAGUCGGUCCAGAUAUCGGUCACGACAAUCGAAUGUGUGUAUGGAGGAAGUAUGGGGGUAAAACUGGGGCAACGACGGUGAGGCAUGGGUGCAUUCCGGCGCCGAGUCAGAGAGGCCCAUCGUGUAUCUUCCGACGUUCGCUCGGACGAAUGUCAGACAAGGUUCCUUGCUCAACACUAUGUUCAUUUUUUUUUUUGUUCUCUUGCUGUUGUUCAAGGGGGGGGUAAGCACUUCUCGGAGAUGAGCGAGUGAUCGUGUGGUUAGGUCACCGGUGUACUGCAUGCUGGUGCGCCAUGUACUCGUCUUAAACGUCUUCAAGGGUUUCCGUAUGUUUUAAGGGGUUUGUCGGCGUUGAAAGGGGCCUCGCGAUUCUCCCGCGUUGGCGGGAGUAGGCACCCGAAAGAACGAUCGGAAGAAUCUGGAUGCACUAAACAUUUCCCUCCUUGGGAUACUUUUUUUUUCGUUUCUCAUGUGCACCGCGUAACCGGUGCAUCCGCUGGGAGUUUGUGUCACGUGAGCUGGGGAGGUUCCCACGCCACUGCCGCAAUCGUAGUCUUCUUAGAGACGGCGUGUAAAGCUAGGGGGCAGGUUGUUUUGUCGCCUUUCGUGCACGCACCACUACCAUCGUAGUGUAUGUUGCGUCCUUGAAGUAGUCACCGUAUAUGUUGAUGUAGAAAAAAAAAACGUUUUUUUGUUUCCGUAGGGUUGAUUGAUUGACUUCUGUUUUUUUUUGUUUGCCGAGGUUGUCUUUGAACAUCGCGUACUGAUAACGUCGGAGGGGGGGUCGACGGGUAAAUAAAUCAGGCUUGUUGGUGGACUGGUCUUGUUCCUUUCCUCAGCUAAAAUUAAGGGAGCGCGCGCGGACAACUCCCGGGGUUGUCUCUUGUUCAACAUGGACCGGUACCCCUUAGUACGCCUUAAUGGAUUUGAGUUUCCGAACUCGAGGUUUUCGUUGUUGAAUUUUUUCCUGUACUUGCCUGUUUCUUGGAACAGAAUGGGAAAAAGCUACACGUAGCAAUAAUAUAAAUACGCCAAUGAAGUGCCGCUGGUUGCGGUUCGACCGCGGCCGUCGACCGCCUGUCGUCCAUCGGGACGUGUGUCCCUCCCAUUUCUCUGUGGUCGCGACAGAAGAAGUGGGGUACAGUAUAUUCUCACCAGGCGAUGGCCGUGCUGGAGACCUUCGGGUUGGGCGUGGGUGGGAGGCUUUGCAGUCUUGCCCCCCCACUUGAAAGAGCGCGGUCGUGGAAUAAAGCGUUCCGCCCGGGCGGACACGGCGAUGGCGCAGCUGGUGUUUUUGGUUAGACAUGGCUUUUUAAGUCAAACCCCCAGUUAUAGCUUUUGGGCAAAUCCCCCACUUAUGAUUGGCUGGCCGGGGGCGCGGGGGG